AUGGAUUGGUGAAACGCGUGCGCGAUGACGUGAGACGAAUUUCGUGUGAUUUCUCGUGCGAGUCAGCAAGGAAAUUGUAACUGUGAUAAGUGAGAGGGGUGUGCGCCCCCGGUUACUUGGAUACAGUUGUGGUUAUCACAUUUGACAAUAGACCUUAAUCGGUGCUGCAUGGUUUUGAAAAUAACAAUUUAUCGAUAUGGGUGAGUUGUGUCAUGAAUUAAAGUAUACGUGUGCGUUUUUCUGGUUGCCUACAGAACUGGGUACAAACACUGAGGGUUGCUAAGUUAUUUUCGUAAUUUGUUGGGAAGUCGAGAAAUGCGGAUAUUAAUUUUAGGGUUGGACGGUGCCGGUAAAACUACGAUUUUGUAUAGAUUGCAGGUUGGUGAAGUAGUAACUACGAUACCUACUAUAGGAUUUAAUGUAGAACAAGUUACGUAUAAGAAUUUAAAAUUUCAAGUAUGGGAUCUCGGAGGACAAACUAGUAUACGGCCAUAUUGGAGGUGUUACUAUUCAAAUACAGAUGCAAUAAUAUAUGUGGUUGAUUCAGCAGAUAGAGAUAGAAUAGGCAUAUCAAAGGAUGAACUAAUAUAUAUGCUAAGGGAAGAAGAAUUACAAGGUGCCAUUUUGGUGGUACUGGCAAACAAGCAAGACAUGGCAGGGUGUUUAAGUGUUGCAGAAGUGCAUCAAGCUCUUGGAUUGGAUGCACUUAAGAAUAGAACAUUCCAAAUAUUUAAAACUUCGGCAACAAAGGGAGAAGGUCUGGACCAAGCAAUGGAUUGGCUGUCAAAUGCAUUACAGAGUAGAAAAUGAUCAAUAUUACAUCAUCAUUUUUCUUACUCAAGCCUUAUAAAGAGACUUGUCAUAUGACUGUCACUUGAAAUAUCCCAUGUAAUUGGGAAGCUCAUUCUGUUUAUUUAUUAAAAAAUUAUUAUAUUUUAAA